AUGAAACCAACGUUCUGGAGAGACCCAUCGCUGUGGCGCUCCACCAACGUUCUGGAGAGACCCAUCGCUGUGGCGCUCCACCAACGUUCUGGAGAGACCCAUCGCUGUGGCGCUCCACCAACGUUCUGGAGAGACCCAUCGCUGUGGCGCUCCACCAACGUUCUGGAGAGACCCAUCGCCGUGGCGCUCCACCAACGUUCUGGAGAGACCCAUCGCCGUGGCGCUCCACCAACGUUCUGGAGAGACCCAUCGCCGUGGCGCUCCACCAACGUUCUGGAGAGACCCAUUGCCGUGGCGCUCCACCAACGUUCUGGAGAGACCCAUCGCCGUGGCGCUCCACCAACGUUCUGGAGAGACCCAUCGCCGUGGCGCUCCACCAACGUUCUGGAGAGACCCAUCGCCGUGGCGCUCCACCAACGUUCUGGAGAGACCCAUCGCUGUGGCGCUCCACCAACGUUCUGGAGAGACCCAUCGCUGUGGCGCUCCACCAACGUUCUGUCAAAAAAAAUCACAGAGCAGAAAUUAUGUGGCAGAAACAGCCCAUGUUAG